GCAUCUUCGGGUACCGCGGCCCCGGUGCGGGCCGCCUCCCCCGCAGGCCCCGGCCUCCUAUGGGCGGUGCCGGCGCCCCGGCUCCUGCACGCCCGUCUCGCUCGGCGUUAGCAUGGGCACGGUGCUCUCCCUCUCCCCCGCCGCCUCCUCGGGCAAGGGCGGCGGCGGCGGCGGCGGGGGGCUGCUGGCCGACAAGGCGCCGGGAAGGGUGCCGGGCAAGGGCGAGAGCCGGCUGAAGCGCCCCGGCGUGCUCAUCUCGGCGCUCACUUGGAAGAGGCUGGUGGCCGCCUCGGCCAAGAAGAAGAAGAGCACCAAGAAGGUGACACCGAAGCCCGGCGGCGGGGCCCCGGGGGGGCCCCCGGGCCAGCCUGACCCGCUGGUGGUGCAGCGAAACCGCGAGAACUUGCGCAAGUCGGUGGUGGGGCCGGCCGACGGCGCCAAGCAGGGCCCGCUAGCCGUGCCGGUACCCACCGUGCCCUCGGCGCCGCAGGAGUUGCACCCGGGCUCCGGCGGGGGAAAGCCGCCGCCACCACCGCCGCCGGUCGGCGGCCGCCCCCCAGGGUCCCCGCGCCGCGUGGUGGUGCAGGCGUCCACCGGCGAGCUGCUGCGCUGCUUGGGGGACUUCGUGUGCCGCCGCUGCUACCGCCUGAAGGAGCUGAGCCCUGGCGAGCUUAUCUCCUGGUUCCGCAGCGUGGACCGCUCGCUGCUGCUGCAGGGCUGGCAGGACCAGGGCUUCAUCACCCCGGCCAACCUGGUGUUCGUCUACCUGCUGUGCCGGGAAGCGCUGCGGGGCGAAGACAUCGGGAGCCAGGCUGAGCUGCAGGCCGCCUUCCUCACCUGCCUCUAUCUUGCCUACUCCUACAUGGGCAACGAGAUCUCCUACCCGCUCAAGCCCUUCCUGGUGGAGGGCGACAAGGGGCGCUUCUGGGAGCGCUGCCUGGGCAUCAUCCAGCGCCUCAGCGCCAAGAUGCUGCGAAUCAACGCGGACCCGCACUACUUCACGCAACUCUUCCAGGACCUCAAGAGCGAGGGCGAGGGCGGAGACGGGUCCAAGCACUGGACGAUCAGCCUGGACCGCUAGGGAGGUACCAGGCCCCCGGGGCCGGAAGGGGCCGCGCACCGAGGGGCGGGGGAGGCGAAUUCCCCAUCUU